UAUUUCGUUUUCCUUGGUGUAUGACCUAAAUUGGAUUUACACACCUUGAAACAUUCAUUGAUAUACAUCUAAAUAUAUACCAUACAGUAUAUUCAAACGCUGUUUAAGUUUUGACAUUUAACAUUUAAAUUAUCAUUUGAUAUUAAAAUAUAGGUUGAAUAUUUGUGGUUUCAUUUUGUGUUGGAAUAAUACUUUGAAGCUCUUCACAAAGCCGUAUUGUGUUGAUACAAAAACUGCCCAUCCUUCAUGCGAACAAUUAAACCCGGAUGCACGAUGGCGCUAAUGGAACGCCAUACUCAUCAUAUUGCAAAAGAUAAAUCCAACCUUGUUGUAAGAAGCACACACUUAAGUCUUUGAGAUCACACAGACGCCAUUCGAGACGUCUUUUUGACAAGGGCGUCAUGUCGUUCGGUGUCACAAUGAAUAAGGCUAACGAUGAAAUAGUUAUAGACGAUUUAGAGUGGCCGACUUUCGGCAAUGGUGAGGCCGAAAUGAGCUAUUCACCGACUGAACACCGGGACAGUAUAUUUACAGACUUUACCCCAGCCACAGAAAAGCAUAAUAUCAAGAAUAAAAAGAGAAAACCAAAGAAAAAGAGUAAAACCUUGCGUCUUAUAUCGGAAUCAGACGUAAACAGGAACAAAUCGUCUUGUUUCCGUGACCGAAAGCGAUGUGUCGUCAUAUCCGUUCUAGUCACCUGUAUAGUCAUCAUAGUUUCAAUUUCCAUAGGCUUAGGCGUAUAUUUUGGCGUUGUGAAGCCGUCUUCAAAUGAAGGACCACAUACAGAUAAAGCAGUUCAAGUUUCAACACACUCGCCGUCCACUGAAUCUCCAGCCGUGUUGACGUCACGACCACCAAUCAUUAUUGUCCCAAUAACCUCACCCCCUCGGCCACCAACCACCACCCGAGCAAAAACUUCUCCUAGCCCCGCCAAAACUACAACAACCACAUCAACCACCACCACCACCACCACCACUACCACCACCACAACUUCAACGACAACCGCAACUACGACGACGACAACGACCCCGUUGCCGACGAAGCCACCGGUGAUACCGUUCACCGGAAGUGAUGAGGAGGUUGAGGUGGUAACACAGCGGGCGGUCGACUGCCGGUCGCCGAUGGUCACCGCGGAUAUGUGCACAUUGUACUUAGACACGCUUCGCUGCACGUAUCUGGAAAACAUACGUCAGGAGCUGCACGUGCCGGUGCAUGUGCUCGGGGAGGUGGUUGACGCGCAUGCGCGGGACGUGUUUCCAUGGGACACAAUAGACGCAUCCAGCUGCAGAGAAAAAGACGGUAGCUUGAACCUACGCAACAUCAGUGUGUUGCCAACCACAAUGGAUGAAGUAUGCACAAGUGGGGAUGCGAUCUUGGAAACCGGUUCCAGAAAGUGCAAGAUUGUGUACUACCCCGAAAGGCUUAAACGUCUUACAGAGGAGAACAAUUGCAUGAUACGUUGGGGUGUUCUUGGUUGUGUGGCGGACCUGCUGCUCUGCGAGCUGGCUGAAGUGGAGGCGACAGCUGCCAUGUACAGUGACGUCAUCAAUCCCAAGCUCCACCUCACUGCAGACCACACCAAAUGUCAAGCCCUGUGGAAGGAGCGACAGGAGACAUCACCGUGCGCAGCGGCGCUCGACCGGAAGUUGUUCUCCAUCAGCAACCAGUGCUCGGUGGUCCUCGAGUCUCCCGGCACCCUUGCCAAUUUAACCGGAAAUAAGUGCACCAUGUUUGAAGUGUUUUACCAGUGCAGCUAUAACUAUAUACCAUCAAGUUUGCGGUAUACUGAGUGUGAACGUCAACACACGGAAUUACGUAAAGUAGCGUACAAUAACGUCGCGAACGUGGCGAGCAACGUCAACAACGUCCCCUUACUGUCAGACUUCACAGACUGCGUGGGUAAGGAAUCGGCCGGUGUGACUCCUGGUGACGUUUGUAACAGCCCCGAUAAGCUGCUGGCUAUCGUGGACACGCGCUGCUACCGGAAGUUCCGUCUCCUUACUGAUUCCAACGUCUGUCAAAUUCUCAGUGAGUUUGUAUACGAGUGCAGUCCGUUGGUUCUCGGCCAGCUAGGAAUUACAUGCGCAGACGACAGUGUUAUGCACGCACUGACAACGCUCUCUGACGUCAUCAAACAAGCAUACUACUUGGAUGUUGGAAAGUUGCAAGCAGAGAACGAAGGGAAAUGUAUAGAUAAAUCACGAUUGCAGCAGGCAGGAACGUUGUGAACGGAUGACAUACUGUGACUUGCUAGAAGCAUGAAGCAUUUACAUUUGCUCAAAAAUAGUGCCCAUCUACUCCAUGUAUCGACGUGUUCAUACUAUAACUACAUUCAAACCCCGUUGGCUCGAACUCCCAGGGAUCGGCGAUAAUACUUCGAGCCUCGGAAAAAUCGUGCCAAGCGGGAAUGCUUACAUUUAGUAUAAAGAAAUCGGUCCUUUACAUAAAGUUCGAGCCAACAAGGAAUUCGAGCCAAGCGAGUUCGAGCCAACGGUGUUCGACUGUAUUGAGAUGUACCUCUGUGACACUGUUGGAAGUGUAUCAGCAUUAGACCAUAUCAAUGUUAUUUAUCCUUGUCGUAAUGUCCUAUAUAUAGCAUGUUAUAAGAAAUAGUUACCGCAAACACUGCUCGUGUUAUUCAAAUGAUACACGAGCGCGAAGCGGGAAGGUGAACUCUUAAUCACGAGGGUUGUUGAUGGAGUUGUAAUUAUUUUGUUCCAUAUGUUUAUGGACAGCAUUUAGUAAGUAGUGUGCGUAUAAGUGAAUAGCGUUGGGGUUUUCCGCACGUUAGUUAUUGCACGGUUAAGCUCCGCCUACUUGGUUACCGUUCCGAUAAGGGGGAUUAUGUAUAAAUAUUUAACUAUAAAACACCACCCAAUUAACUUAUUAUAGGCAUUGGUUAUUCGUAAUUUACGAUUCGUUAUAAGCAUGGUGUAGCAUUUAGCUUAAACGAAACGCAUGAGUAUUUAAAUGUAUGAAGUGUACGUCCAGGCGGUUCGUACAUAAGCGUUAAAGAUGUCCGAAUUUUACUCGUGGCAAUCGGUCAUGGGCUCAAACACUUCAUUUUCAUAUCCUCCCGAAAUAGUCACCAUUUGUUUCAUCCAACACAGGACACGGACUAGAUGGUGAUUGUUAUUCUCUCGUGUUAUUGUGAGGAUCUUACUCCACCAUGCUUAACAAAUACUUCUUUAAUUGACGUAUAAACACAUUAUACUGACCUGCAUUUGUGUAUUUACAUAUUCCAUACCGCCCUCUUUAAGUGCCGAGUUCUCUUUAGAAAGCCGCGUAGCAAAAGGAGGGAGUUUAAUUCUCACAGUGUGCCUGUAUCGGUAUAUAAUAAUUAAUUGUCUCCGUCUCUCUAUAUGGAAUACUCAUUAAGUGCUAUAAAGUUAAAACUUUUUUAAAAACCGUUUGGCCUAAAAUAAUAUGUUUGUUUCCGGUUUCAAUCCCCCAAAAAGGAUUAUUAUAUAAGUCGGAAAAUCUUUUCUUUUUUGAACAUUUUUUUAUAAGCCAUUUUUUUUCGGGAUGUUUUUCUGUUACCAAAACUAAAGAUAUAGAUGCGAUAGAUCAUUCAGUAUUGGCAUCGCUGGUAUUAUUAAACCCCGAAAAUACUUCAUUAUUAAAUUGUAAUUGAUUAAAAUCAACCAAAUGAAAAAAAGACUUCUCAUUGACAAACUAAUAAAAACGUCCAGGGUCGGGGCAAAAAUAGGGUAGGUCGGGAAACCGGAAACAAACAUAUUAUUUCUUUACGCCUUAGUUGUAUACUGACUGUAUACUAUAUAAUAAUAUUGUUCAUAGUAUCGUUGCAUUUGUAAUAUAUUUAUGUCUAGAAUGUUUAAAUUAUGCUUCAUACUUAAACGGAUUCGAAUGUGUGUUUUUCGUAUACAUGUUCUCAUAAUAACCAUUCUUGCAAAUUGUCUUACCGAAUUGUAUUUUUGAAAAUGUACAUAUUUAAACCAUAUGAAACUCAUGUAAGCUUGUAGCUAAAUACAAGUUGUCUUCUUUUAAAGUUUGCAUGCCGUACUGUUUACCGUGUCGACACAACAAUAUGUUCGUUGUACACUAAGAUUUACAGGGGCACACUAUAGGUUGGUGCACUUUUUCAGUUUUAAUGUAUUAUAUUGUUUAUCUCCUUUAACUUUAAUGAUUAAAAUAAAACAAAGUGUGUGAUAAGUGUACAAAUAUCAAAAUAUUAGCGAUAUUUUGGCGUUUCAUUGUCUAGUGACCACGUAGCUAUUAAUUGUUAUUUUUUUUUUAAAGACUUGUACUUUUAAUCUGUACACAACUCGUAUGUUGUUGUUUUGAUUGUUUAGGUUAAAUGAGUUAUAGAUGCAGUCUCACAAAUUGACCGAUUCGACUUUUUUGUGUCUCAGAAUCAGCUGAUUUGGGCAGCAAUCCAUUCAAUUCAGUCAUAUAAGAUAACUUACAAUAAAACAUAUCACAUUGUUUGGUAAAUGCUAAAUAUUUCAUUUUUUCUUAAACGUUAGCAAAGCUAAAAGCCAUAAAACAUUAGGUUUCGAUGGUAAAUAUGAAAACUGCUAUCUGAUCUUUUGUGAGCAGUCUUAUAUCACUGGUUUCCUGACCUUUACGCAAUUAUUGGCUCAUUCCAAGAAUAUUAUAUCAGAACGGUCAGUCUGUGAGAGUGCAAAACGGUAGAUCUGUGAAACUGCAGCUUUAAACAUAUUAAAUGCAUAAAAAUUAAAAAAAAAAUUGUUUUGCGCCACUGAUUGAUUAAACAAGAGAAAUUCAACAAAGUAACUUUAUUGACAAAGCUUAAAUAACAGCGAGAAAUUAUAUCAGGUUACGUAUCAUCAGAUAAUUGCAUAGGUUACAUUCAACUAAACAUAUUACUGGUGUUGCAUCAACCUAUAAUGUGCCCCUUUAAGUGUUGAAUGGAAUGCUCAUACAAGUCUAUAAACCUACAAACCAUGUAACAUAUAUUUCUAAUUGAAUACAAAAAACUGAGUAUGCCAAAAUGUACCUGUUCUGAAAUGACCCCAGCAACAGCAAUUGCAGAUAACAUAAUUCUGGAAAUUGUUAUAAGCUUUGAGGUAGAACCUCUCUGUAUUACAUAUUAAUUUAUGUCUCAAAACAUUCAGGUAAACAUCAUGCAUCGAAAAACUUAACGUUAUUUUAGUCAAAUUUCGUGUUAAGAGUUUCUUUGUUCUGCUAGUACAUUUCUCUUAUUGUAUUGUAUUGUAUUGUUAUACAUUGUAUUAUGACUCUCGUAUUUUAUAUUAUUUUCUAUAUACAGAUUUACAAUUAUUUACAGUAUUUUUAUUGUUAUAAAUAAAUUAUUGUAAAUUAAAUACUAUCUAUUCCCUCAUUAAACAUGAGGCUGAAAUAAACAUCAUUGAUGAUUUAUUACGCAUAAAAGAUUCGUCAACAUGUAUGGAUUUUAAUAAAAAA